CAAAGACGUUCGAAACCAAAGACCGUAUUCUGGAGCAGCUGACAUUGGAAGACCGCCACGACCUAUCCUUCUACGACAAACUCCUUAUCAACAGGGCAGUAUGACUGUGCAGGUCAAUGUCCCCCAAAGAACUGUAAGCACGGGAAUUUCCUGAGUAAGGCUUGCACGUGCAUGUGUCCGGAAGGUCUAACAGGGGAGCUUUGUGAAUCUGUUAAGCAAGAAGACAACUGCCAAAAGGAAAACCAUCUCGUGAUUGGAUCAAUCGGAGAGACUGUCACUUUGGAGUCUACCAAUUACCCUAACAGCUACCCUACAGGAUCGACCUGUCGUUGGCUCGUGGAGGGGCCGGAGGGAAGCAAACUUCGCGUGACCAUAUUGGACAUGGACAUUGUAUCAGCGAAUGGUCAUUGUGUCCACGGUAUGGAGCUCCGAUAUAACCUCAUAGCACAGCCUGGUCCCGAAUUUUGCGGAGACAAUAAGGGACAGAUGAUGUCCUUCACAGCAUCAGACAACGCGGAGGCACACAGCAUGCUGAUAACCUUCAUAACGACGACGGAUGUAUCUUCGAGCGGCUCUCGUGGUUUCAAACUCGAAUUCAAAGCCCUCCAAGGCAACAACGCUACUAAUCCUGUGAACUUCUGCGAGAAUGUCCAAUGUAAAAAUGGCGGCACCUGUCAUUUUAACGACAAUAACUACUGGUGCAGCUGUCUGUCCGAUUUCAGGGGACGUCACUGUGAGGUAGCGUCGGACCAAAAUCUCCAGGAUGACCAAGACACAGUUUUUUCUUGUGACGAUACAAACAUGGAUGAAUGUGGACACAUUGAUUUGGGGAAUGCAUGGGAAUUAAAGGAUGGUCAUUUCACGGUCAAGCAAGGACAAAAGGGUCCCGUGUCCCUUCAGAUCCCUUACGUCAUCAGUCAACUGGAUCAACAAUACUGCUUCCACUUCAAGAUCAGCCGGACCAGCUCAUCCUCAUCGACGACAUGCCCUAACCUCAGGUUUAUCCUCACAAAGGAGAUGGACUUCUAUGGCAUCCAGAUGGUGUAUGAUGAGCACCUACUGUUUGAUGACGACUGCACACCGAGGACUGAUGACAGUGAAGCUGUCAGUUUCACAUCAGAUGCAAAGAUCACCAAGAUGGCGUUCACAAUCGACAAAAUCAAUGACGAUGACGGCAAGAUCGAGCUUAGUCACUUCCGGCUCCAGUUAAGUACAUGUUCUUAGCUCAUCAUAGUGACUAACUACUCGAACAGUUCGCCGACUCGGAUUUAAGUUCAUCAAGGAUACUAAUGCUGCAACUUUUUUUCUGACUCGGAAGGUCAUUAAAGAAUAGCACUAUCUAAAACAUUUCUCCGACUCGGAUUCAAACUCAUCAAGGAUGCUACCUACUUAAACAUCUCUACGUCACGGAUUUAAGUUCAUCAAGGAAAAUACUUACUGAAACAUUUCUCCAACGCGGAAGUUCAUCAAGAAUACCAUUUACUAAAGCAUUUCUCCGACUUGGAAGUUCACCAUGGAUACUAAUCACUAAAGCAUUUCUCCGACUUGGAAGUUCAUCAAGGAUACUAAUCACUAAAACACCUCUCCAACGCGAAAGUUCAUCAAAGAUACCAUUUACUAAAACAUUUUUCCAAAGUUCAGCUUAAAAAUUCAUCAAGAUGACCAACAACUCAAUCUGGAUUUACCACAUCACUGCAAACGGUUAAAGAAUGCUUCUACUACCAGGGUUUUAGCUGAUCAAGGAGCUCGAUUCCUCGAUCCGUAAUGAAGCUCAUCGAGAUGACCAGUUACUUAAAAAAAAUCCACCACAAUUUCUCUACAAUAAGAAGGACUUGCUUGAUCCUAGAAAUAUCACUUUUAUGUUAUAAUAGUGUUCCUUGAUUGUGUGGAACGUAUUUAACGGUCUCGCUGCCUGUGGAGUUUCAAAAUAUACAUGUGCAAACUUAAAGAAAUUUAAACACAUUAUAAAUGCUCAUUGGAAAUAAAGUAUGUGUGUUCUGCUA